AUGCAAGGGGUACCAGCAAAGGACCGAUGUGGCCUUGUGCUCCUGUUGCAGGUUGUGGACAUGGAGCGCAGCUUCUUCAGGAAAGUGGACGUCCCGGACCACACACACUACAUCGUGGCCUUUUUCGUGCUGGUUAUUGGCACCGUAGGAGUGGCUGGUAACGCACUGGUAAUGUACGCAUUCUACAGCAACAAGAAGCUGCGGACUCCGCCUAACUACUUUAUCAUGAAUCUUGCAGUGAGUGACUUCCUCAUGGCCAUUACACAGUCGCCCAUCUUCUUCAUCAACUGUCUCUACAAGGAGUGGGUGUUUGGUGAACUAGGGUGUAAGCUGUAUGCCUUUUGUGGGGCUUUGUUUGGGAUCACCUCCAUGAUCAACCUGCUGGCCAUCUCCAUUGAUCGCUACAUAGUGAUCACCAAGCCCCUGCAGGCUAUCCAGUGGACGUCCAAGCGCCGCACCUCACAGAUCAUUCUCCUGGUGUGGCUGUACUCACUGGGCUGGAGUCUCGCCCCACUUCUGGGCUGGAGUUCGUACAUCCCCGAAGGCCUGAUGACCUCCUGUACUUGGGACUAUGUCACAUCUACAGCUUCCAACAAGAGCUACACCCUCAUGCUGUGCUGCUUUGUGUUCUUCAUCCCCUUGGCCAUAAUCUCCUACUGCUACCUCUUCAUGUUCCUGGCCAUUCGCAAGACCAGCAAAGAUGUGGAACAACUGGGAGCACAAGUUCGAAAAUCCACCCUGAUCCAGCAGCAGUCCAUCAAGACGGAGUGGAAGUUGGCCAAGAUUGCCUUUGUGGUCAUCAUUGUGUUUGUGCUGUCCUGGGCUCCCUAUGCUAGUGUCACACUGAUCGCCUGGGCUGGGUAUGCCAAUAUCCUGACCCCGUAUUCUAAGGCAGUCCCUGCAGUCAUAGCCAAAGCAUCAGCCAUUUAUAACCCUUUCAUCUAUGCAAUCAUCCACUCCAAAUACAGGGACACCCUGGCAGAAAAAGCUCCCUGCCUGCGCUGUCUGGCCAGCUCCUCGCAGAAGCACUGCAUAUCUGUGUCCAACAGCGAGACCUCUUUCCAGGAGUCCAAGUUCAGCCGACAGUCCUCCUCAUCCAGGACAAAGUUCCGCCGGGUGUCCUCCAUGUCCACUGGUGACACGGUGUGGAGUGAUGUUGAGCUGGACCCAAUGGACCAAGUGCAGUCUUUCAGAAGCACCUCGUCCUGCAGCCUGCUGAGGGAGAUAGAUCGUAAUCAGCUCACCAACCAGAAAAAUGCCAAGAACUGUUCUACUGUUGUUGAAGAGAAGGACUCAGCUCCAGGGAGAGGAACUCUGUGCAGCUGUGAUCAUGACUCGGCGUCUGACUCUGUCAACGCGGCGACUGUCCCCCUGCUGGCGACGGAGAGGGGGAGUCCAGCUGAGGGGUGUCAGGAUCGGGAGCAGGUGGACGAGACGAGCGAGACGGGCCAGGAAAGCGAGAACAACUGGAGCUCGCCCAGCGUGGACCUGGACUACUCUUCGGACUCUGGCGUCCCGAGUAUCAUUAUCAGUCCUACAGCGGAGAGCAGCCUGAUGGAGGAAGCCAAGCUGCUGGAGGACAAGCCAUUGGACUGUGAGGCAGGGAACCUGCUGCUGGAUUUGCAGAGCUUGAACUGCCCCACGGAGCUGCUGGAGUCUGCCGAGAAGUUCCUCUCCUGA